GCGACCAGACGCUACAAGUUCAAUUGGGCAACCUCCUUCUCAAUGGCCUCCGGCCCCAACUUCUCCAAUCCAACCAAGAGGAAGAAGAAUAUCUCAUCUUCACAACCCCUAAAACUUUGCGAACCCAAAAUCUCCGCCGAUGAUGACGAUUUUCAAGACCCUUCCCCCUCUCUUUCCGUAAUCAGCUCCAGAUCCACCUUAAAGCAAAACCCUUUUAAGCACUUGAAUAGUUCUGAUCUUCCCUUGCCCAAAAAGGUCAAGAACACGGAGCAAAAGAUCAACCCCGGGAAAGAAAACAUUUGGGUAUCAUCAAAUCCAUCCGGGCCUUCAUUUUUUCGAGAAGAUGAUAAGACUAUCGACGAAUUUAAGCUGGAUUUGGCCGGCAGCUGUGGGUUGGAUUCGAUUGAGUCCACCAUAGAUUGUCAGGCAAAUGGGAAAUUGAAGAACAAUGAGGAAAGAAAAGAGUCUGGGUUGGAAGAAAGUGGAACGGGGCAGUGGGGAGGUAAUGAGUAUAAGGAAGAAUCUGAAGGGGGAACGGCGCAUCUGGAUUUGUUGCUCAAGUUAUGUGAUGCUGAUUCUGACCAGGAUGUGGAAUGCUCUGAAAAAGUUUCUACUUGUAGUGAUGAUGGCUUGGAUUUUCGUGAGGCUUGUGGCUUUGAGGAAGAGGAAGUGGACGAAAGAUUGAUUUGUUGUCCACUUUGUGGAAAUGAUAUUUCCGGGUUGAGUGAUGAGUUAAGGCAAGUUCACACAAAUGAGUGCCUUGAUAAAGGUGAGACAGCAAAUGAGGCGGCCGCGGUUCCUCCCCAUGAUUCCACAGCUUAUCAAUGUCUUGGGCAAGUUCUUGAUGGCUCUCCACGUCAAUCUUCUAGGAAAGUUGUAGCUGCGUUUCCCGUAUUGGAAUGGCUGCGCAACCUGGGCCUUGCUAAAUAUGAAGAAAUUUUUGUGCGCGAAGAGAUUGAUUGGGAUACUCUAAAGUGGCUGACCGAGGAGGAUCUUUGCAGCAUUGGUGUUACUGCACUUGGUCCAAGGAAAAAGCUCGUUCAUGCUCUUGCUGAGCUAAAAAGGGACGAGGGCAACCCAGUGGAAACCCCUGAUAUCCAAAAUUUAGUUGUUGAUGAAAGAAACAAACUUGCUACAAACAAGUUGAUAACGGACUAUUUUCCAGGUUCUGUUGCUAGGAGAAAGAGAGAUUGCAUUAGUGCCAAAGAACAGAAGGAGACACUUAAAAGUCACCCAAGUUCUGCUUCGAGGAGUCAACAGAAGAAAAAUCGCAUAAAUGGUGUAAAACACAAGACAGUUCCCACUUGGUGUUGCAUUCCAGGAACACCAUUUUGUGUUGAUGCAUUCAAAUAUCUAAGAAGAGAAUGUUCUCAUUGGUUUCUUACUCACUUCCAUAUGGAUCAUUAUCAAGGGAUUGCUGUCACGUGUUUUGAUGCAAAUCACUGUCCAGGUGCCAUCAUAAUUCUAUUUGAACCACCCAAUAAUAAGGCUGUACUGCACACUGGAGAUUUUCGUUUCAGUGAGGACAUGUCAAAAAUUCCAAUUCUGCAGACAUGUCCUAUCCAUACACUCAUUCUCGACACCACAUACUGUGACCCCCAGUAUGACUUUCCAAAACAGGAGGCUGUAAUUCAGUUUGUGAUUGAGGCCAUCCAAGCCGAAGCUUUUAACCCCAAAACUUUAUUUUUGAUUGGCAGCUAUACCAUUGGCAAGGAAAGGUUGUUUUUAGAGGUUGCUCGUGUUCUUCGCAAAAAAGUCUAUGUCAGUGCCGCAAAAUUGCGUCUGCUUGAAUGCCUCGAGUUUCCAAAGGAAGAUGCACAGUGGUUUACUUUAAAUGAACACGAAAGCCACAUUCAUGUGGUGCCCAUGUGGACGCUUGCAAGCUUCAAGAGAUUGAAGUAUAUAGCAAAUCAAUAUGCAGGUCGAUUCAAUCUAAUAGUAGCUUUUUCUCCAACUGGCUGGACGUUUUCUAAAGGAAAGAAGAAGUCUCCUGGAAGAAGGUGGCAGCAGGGUACCAUCAUAAGGUAUGAAGUACCAUAUAGUGAGCAUUGCAGCUUUUCGGAACUCAGAGAUUUUGUAAAGUUUAUAUCUCCUGCAAACAUCAUACCAAGCGUAAACAAUCAUGGACCAGAAUCCACUAGGACAAUGGUCUCCCACCUCUUGGCUUAAGCUGCUGGCAAAUGAGUCUGAGGUGUCCGAGAAAAUGAUGGAUGUCUAGCACAUAUAGAUGUCAGGUGAUAGAUACAUUUGCAAUUUUUUUGUACUUCGUUCACUGUAUUAUCUCGUGUUGUUCUUCCUCCUCAUGUUUAGUUUGCUUGGUAUAGAGAAUAUGGAGGUGGUACUAAUUGUUUCUUGCAAUAUGUGCACUGUAGAUAGAGAGCAUACUUUUUUUUUUUUUUUUUGACGACACAGCGGGUAUCCGGGUUUUCAGUCCGACUAAUCCCCUUGCGGCCCGGGUGAGGGCGCUUCAACUCACUCCAAAUACGAUAAUCACGAGACUCGAACACUGAUCAAUGCCUUGAAAAAGGAUUACAUGAUCGGUCGAACUACCCCACAGGGGCAGAUAAAGAACAUACA